AACCGAUUAAGGUUUCUUAUUGGUCCCAAAUUCCCCAAGCCUGGGCUAAUUAUUGCCAGCUUGAUGUUGAUAAGGUAAAGCUCAUCUUGGGCUGGAAGCAUGUCACCUCCUCACUGGCCAUUGCUGCUGCAGGCUUGCUAGGGUCCCACAUCCAGCCUUGCAGCUUGUGGCCGCACCACCAUAACCACCUCCACCACCACCAUCCAGGGAGAUGAUGGACAGCAGGAUACUGGACCAUCCUCAUGCCCAGUUUGGAGGCUCAAUGAGUGGGAUGGUGGGAUUUCCUUACCCCCUCAGUCAUCACCAUGUGUAUGAGCUGACCAGCCACCAGCUGCAGUCUGCAGCCGUGCCCUUCUCCAUAGACGGAUUACUCAACGGUUCGUGCACCGCCUCGGUGGUCAACCCCAACCCUCUGCUAGCCUCUGGAUGUGGCAUGAAUGGGGACAGUCAGCAGUACAAGCUGUCAGACUCUAGUGACCCGGAUAAGGAGAGCCCUGGCUGUAAGAGAAGGAGGACAAGGACCAACUUCACCGGGUGGCAGCUCGAAGAAUUGGAGAAAGCCUUCAAUGAAAGUCACUAUCCGGAUGUCUUCAUGAGGGAGGCCUUGGCAUUGAGACUGGAUUUGGUGGAGUCCAGAGUUCAGGUUUGGUUCCAAAAUCGCAGAGCAAAAUGGAGAAAAAAGGAAAAUACCAAGAAAGGUCCAGGCAGACCAGCUCAUAACUCCCACCCUACCACCUGCAGUGGAGAGCCCAUGGACCCCGAGGAGAUAGCCAGGAAAGAGUUAGAGAAAAUGGAAAAGAAGAAACGAAAGCAGGAAAAGAAGAUGCUUAGGAACCAGUCUCGGGGCCAGCAUUCUCCCAGCAUGUCACUUCACACACCCAGCUCUGACAGUGACAGUGGCCUCUCCCAGACUCAGGACUCUAUGGAGCCAUGCCACUCAGAAAUGGGACAAAACAGAGACCUAACACAAUCACGCUGUGACCAAACAGGGCAAACCUUUUUCCAAAGCCAAAGAAGCCCAGGACACAGGGACAGGGUUAGUGACAAGGACUCACCCACAGAGUCCAACCACAACUCAGGCCUGUGCCCAAAUGGAAGGGGACCUGGCUUCCAGAAACUCAAUCCCUUCAGUGUGGAAAGUCUAUUGUCUGACUCACCACCAAAGAGGAAGGCAGGGCUGGAAUUCCCUGGUUUAUCCAGUCCAAGGACCUUGAUUGGAAAAGGACACUUUCUACUUUACCCCAUUACUCAACCUCUUGGAUUCAUAGUACCACAGACUGCUCUGAAGUCCAACUCUGGCCAGGACCUCUCCUGUCUGGGCCAGAAGGACACCCUUCACAGUAACUCGGGUCAACCGAGUCAAAGUACCUCCCCAAACAAUGUAACCAAGAACUUUUUAUCAAAACACACAAACUCUUCUUCCCAGACCACACUGACUGUAUGCAAGACUGAAGGUGGAUGUCAUCAAGGGGACACCACCAGUCAUGCACAGUCUAGUCCAGGAGACACAGGGAAUGGGCAGAUGGACAAUGCAUAUUCUGAACCAAAGUCUCCCAUGUCCCCAGCAAGUGACAACAAAACCAGAGACACCCCAGACUGUUCAGAGGAAACAGCCUGUACCCCAAAACCUAGCAUAGACUGUGAAAACAUAGAUAUGGACUAAACCACCCCCAAACAAACCUUCCCCUUCAGAAUCUUACAGACUUCAGACAUUCCCAGUGCUGACCCAGAAGACUUGUCUCACCUCAUAAUUUCUUUUUACCUUCAGCCUGUAGAAAAAACAAACAAACAACUAUCGAAUCUAACUUAUAAUAAUAUUAAUCAGGUGCAAUUAUUUUAGUAAGAGCAGCAGUGAA